AUGUUGGUUAAGGACUAUGAUGGUCUCCAAGAGUCAAGUCAGAAGGUGGAAGUUUUGUUUGAUUGGCUGUGUUUCUUAUUGCUCUCUUGUGCUGUGGAUGUUGCUAGAUUUUUUUUCCCCUCUGCCUUUAGAUGGUUAGAUGACUCUAUCAUUGAGGAGAUCACUCCCAAGCUGAUUGGGGACCGGCCCAAUACGUACACCUACACCAAAGCCUUGGGGGAGAUAGUGGUACAGCAAGAAAGUGGAAACCUGAAUGUGGCCAUCGUCAGGCCGUCCAUAGUGGGAGCAACCUGGCAGGAGCCUUUCCCGGGUUGGGUUGACAAUGUAAACGGACCCAGUGGACUCAUUAUUGCGGCGGGGAAAGGAUUUCUUCGGUCCAUAAGAGCUACUCCCACGGCAGUGGCAGACCUGAUUCCAGUGGACACAGUGGUCAAUCUCACCAUAGCGGUGGGAUGGUAUACGGCAGUUCAUAGACCUAAAUCAACAUUAAUCUACCAUUCCACAUCUGGGAAUCUCAAUCCCUGUAACUGGCAUGAAAUGGGAUUACAGGUCUUAGCAACCAUAGAAAAGAUUCCGUUUGAGAGUGCUUUCAGAAGGCCAAACGCUGACUUCACCACCAACAACUUCACCACCUAUUAUUGGAACACUGUCAGCCACCGGGUGCCAGCCAUCGUCUAUGACUUCUAUCUGAGGCUUACUGGAAGGAAACCCAGGAUGACGAAGCUCAUGAACCGACUCCUGAAAACCAUUUCCAUGCUGGAGUAUUUCGUCAACCGCAGUUGGGAAUGGAGCACAAACAACACAGAAAUGCUUCUGUCAGAGCUGAGUCCUGAAGAUCAAAGAGUAUUCAACUUUGAUGUGCGCCAGUUGAACUGGCUUGAAUACAUUGAAAAUUACGUUUUGGGGGUUAAGAAGUAUCUACUGAAAGAGGAUCUGGCUGGUAUUCCCAAAGCAAAGCAACACCUAAAAAGGCUCCGAAACAUUCACUACCUCUUUAACACCGCCCUGUUCCUGAUCAUCUGGCGCCUCCUCAUUGCAAGGUCUCAGAUAGCUCGGAACAUCUGGUUCUUCAUUGUGAGCUUCUGUUAUAAGUUCAUCUCCUACUUCAGGGCCUCAAGCACACUCAAGGCCUAAGAACAUUCCACCAGCCCGUCAUCUGGAACCUCAGAUACCUCUCAGGCAGGAAACUGUGUCUUAAACUAGGACGUAACAAGAAGCACACCCAAGCUUCCAGCCAAACUUACCGUUCCAUCUUCUCUCCUACUUCUUCACUGUAUUUUUUAAAUUUGGUUCAGUGAGAAGGAAAGUCAACCUCUAACUGCAUACAUGUACAAAAACCUAACUUCCAAAGUAUGUCUUAACACCACCACUCUACACAUCACACACAGAGCAUGAGAUCACCCCUUUUCCUAUACUUAGCUUUCCCUUCCGGACACAACUAACUUCAACUGUGAAGCUAUGGACAAACAUAUGGCAGAAGCCUAAGCAGCCUAGGCAGCACCGAUCAGGGAAGCAUGCUCAGUACCAAGGCAAAAGCUUCCAACCACAGUGAGCGGAGGAAGGCAGCUCAACACCCUCACAGUGCCAUAGAAGUAGCCCACUAUCUUAAACACUAGAGUCCUGGUUGAGUUGAGGGGUGGGAGGUAGAGAAAGCAGGCUCAAUGUCUGCUGUUUCUCACCUGGGUCCACAUCUUAACCCUAAGAGGAUCAAAUAGUGUAGAUAACUACAUACCAAAUAUGAAUUUAACUGUACAUGCAUCAGGAGUCUGAAGUACUUCAAAGUUUAUAGCUUCUUACAAUUUUGACAUCCCUUAGCCUAAGGCAUUCUGAUCAUCGUUGUCCUGGAAACCCUCUCACGCUCCUCCUUUGCUGAUGUUGCCAAAGCCCUCCUAUUUAAGUGUACUUCACUCAGGCAUCAGUCAGGAAGGCUAUGAGGAGAGGGACAUUCCUAGAUCAGAACCAUGGUAACCCUCCAACCUUUGCCAGUAAGAAAAGCAAAAUUUCAAAUAAAAUUUUAAGUUCUAGUUUUCGUCUUUGUGUGUGGAGCUGGAAAGAGCAAGUUCCUGUAGCCCCUGAGGCCGAUGUACCUCAGUCACCCCAGACACACGGAACUAUGGAGUGCACAGAACUCAAACAGAGAAAGUGAAGUUUUUGCUUAAAUAUUUUAAAUACAAAUAAAAAACCUUUCUACAUCCACAAAUCCUCAUAUUCAUAAAUCGUCACCCGAGGUGUGCUCAUAUUUGAGAUCUGGACAUGCAGGAUUGCAGGAUCUCUGCAUGCUAAAAACAUGAAAUAUUCAAAUAAGGCAUUUAGGACCUAAAAAGUAACGGUCACACAAAUUUCUGAAAACUACACACAUAUUUAAUAUGUGUAUGCUUACAUUCUGGUGGCUCAAGCGUGCCCAGUACUGAGGUCUCCUCAGCCUCAUGAGGAACAUGUUUGGAGAGCCCUUUCUGGUACAGAUCCUGCAAGUCAGAUUAAGGUCAGGGACUACGCUCCAGCCAGACAAAAGUCAAAACAAACCACCUGUAGGUGUCCGGUCUGAGAGAGCUGCAAGAUGCUUCUGAGUUACAUGAAAGACACCAGGUAUGGAUACAAUAAAUAUAGCACUGGAUUUAAAAAACAGUUCUAAAAACUCACUACUGAAUUUCAUCAUUUCAAGAACUCCAGGGAUUGAAUAUUAGUUUAAACUUCUGAUUAAAUAAAAUUCUGAAUUAC